CAGAUCAUCGUUUGAAGAUCUUGUUGGGCCAGGAGGUCUCCUGGUUGUCGACCAGCUUGGCACUGGUUCCUUCUUCUUCUGUGUGCUAAUCAAAAUCCUUGAAGACAAUAUAAUGGACCAAGAGCGCCAACAAAAGAAGAGGGUUAAACAUACCGAUCCAUUUUGGGAUCAUGUUGAGAAGACAAAUGAUGGUGGUCCUUUCAAGUGCAAAUUUUGCAAAUCUACAUUUGCUGCGUCUACUUCAAUCUCAAGGUUCAAAUAUCAUUUGUCAGGAGAAAGUGGGAAAGGAGUUGGUAUUUGUGGAAGAGUACCCGUUGAUGUUAAAGCAGCAGCCUACCAAGCAAUGCACAAAAAACAAAAUGCCAUCCCACCAAUUGAUCAUCCAGUUCCAAAUGUAGAAGCUCGAAGAAUGGAGCAAGAAGGGAGGGAUCUCCCAGAUAUGGCAAUGGAAGAUUGGACAGAGAGUACGAGAUGGGAAGAGUUUAUUGAAGAGUUGAUGGUUAUUAACGAAGCUGGUGGUUCUCAAGGGCAAGGAGUUUAUGAAGGCAUGCUAGAUACAGAGAAUUUGACACACAGCAGAACCGUGGAAGGGAUUGAACUUAUUGACCAAGUUAGAGUUUAUGAAGAGCAAGGGGCAGAUGUUUCAGAUGGUGGAGUGGAGAAUUUGACAGACAACUUCACCGGUAGUGUGUCCAUAGUUACUGACGAAAGUAGAGUUUCUGAAGGGCUUCAUGCACAUAAGGCUAAAGGAGAAGCAUUACUGACAACAAAGCUGGUAGGUCAGGCUUCUGACAGAAAUAAGGAGAUGAUCUGGUCUUGGUUAAUGAAGGAUGACGUCUUAAGUGUUGGCAUUUAUGGGAUGGGCGGUGUCGGAAAAACAUCACUGGUGACGCAUAUCCAUAAUCAGCUGCUACAAAGACCAAGUUCUUUCAAUUAUGUGUUUUGGGUUACUGUAUCACAAAAUUUCACCAUCAGUAAAUUGCAGUAUCUUAUUGCCAAAGCUAUUAAUUUAGACCUUUCAAAUGAAGAGGAUGAGAAGAAAAGAGCUGCAAAGUUGUCUAAAGCAUUAGUUGCCAAGGGAAAAUCUGUUCUCAUUCUAGAUGAUUUAUGGAAUCAUUUUCUGCUAGAAAUGGUGGGCAUACCUGUUGAAGUUAACGCGUGCAAGUUGAUUCUCACAAGUCGAUCGUUAGAAGUUUGUCGGCGGAUGGGUUGCCAAAAGAGCAUCAAAGUAGAGCUUCUUACUAAAGAAGAAGCUUGGACUUUGUUCGUGGAGAAACUUGGGCAGCGCCAUUAUGCUGAUCUUUCUCCUGAAGUCGCAGACAUAGCAAAAUCUGUUGCAGCAGAAUGCGCUUGUCUACCACUUGGGAUUAUAGCAAUGGCAGGAAGCAUGAGGGAAGUGAAUGACUUGUAUGAAUGGAGGAAUGCAUUGACAGAAUUGAAACAAUCAGAAGUUGGGGUAGAAGACAUGGAACCUGAGGUAUUCCAUAUUUUGAGAUUUAGUUAUAUGCACUUGAAUGACUCAGCAUUGCAACAGUGUCUCUUAUACUGUGCAUUUUUUCCAGAGGAUUUCACCGUAGAUAGAGAGGACUUGAUAGGUUAUUUGAUCGAUGAGGGAAUAAUUCAACCAAUGAAGAGCAGGCAGGCAGAAUAUGAUAGAGGUCAGGCUAUGCUUAACAAGCUUGAAAAUGCUUGCUUACUGGAAAGUUAUAUAAGCAAAGAAGACUACAGAUGUUUCAAGAUGCAUGACUUGAUUCGAGAUAUGGCUCUUCAGAAACUGAGGGAGAAAUCACCAAUCAUGGUUGAAGUUGAGGAGCAACUAAAAGAAUUACCAGAUGAGGAUGAGUGGAAAGUGGAUGUCAUGAGAGUUUCGUUAAUGAAAAAUCACCUCAAGGAAAUUCCCUCUGGCUGUUCACCAAUGUGUCCCAAGCUUUCAACGUUGUUUUUAUUCUCGAAUUUCAAGCUAGAAAUGAUUGCGGAUUCCUUUUUCAAACAUUUGCAAGGGCUCAAGGUUCUUGAUCUAUCAGCCACCGCUAUCCGGGAAUUGCCAAGUUCCUUCUCCGAUUUGGUGAAUCUCACUGCUUUAUAUCUCAGAAGGUGUCACAAUCUAAGAUAUAUACCAUCAUUAGCAAAGCUUAGGGGGUUGAGGAAAUUGGAUCUCCGCUAUACUGCACUUGAAGAACUGCCUCAAGGGAUGGAAAUGCUGUCCAAUCUCAGGUAUCUUAAUCUUUUUGGAAAUAGUCUUAAGGAGAUGCCUGCUGGUAUAUUACCUAAGCUCUCACAGCUACAAUUCCUUAACGCGAACCGGGCGUCCGGCAUUUUCAAGACAGUACGAGUAGAGGAAGUAGCAUGCUUGAAUAGGAUGGAAACUUUGAGAUACCAAUUCUGUGAUCUUGUUGACUUCAAGAAGUACCUCAAAUCUCCAGAAGUGAGGCAAUAUCUGACCACAUACUUCUUCACAAUAGGACAACUAGGUGUGGAUCGAGAAAUGGAUUCUUUACUUUAUAUGACACCAGAGGAAGUCUUUUAUAAAGAAGUUUUGGUUCAUGAUUGCCAAAUCGGUGAAAAAGGAAGGUUUCUUGAGCUCCCAGAAGAUGUUUCAUCUUUCUCAAUCGGAAGAUGUCACGACGCAAGGAGCUUAUGCGAUGUUUCUCCAUUUAAACAUGCAACUUCACUGAAGUCCUUGGGGAUGUGGGAAUGUGAUGGGAUAGAGUGCUUGGCUUCGAUGUCAGAAUCCUCCACGGAUAUAUUUGAAAGCCUCGAAUCGCUAUACCUUAAAACUUUGAAGAACUUUUGUGUCUUCAUUACAAGAGAAGGAGCUGCUCCACCAUCAUGGCAAUCUAAUGGUACCUUCUCUCAUCUUAAAAAAGUGACAAUAGGUGAAUGUCCAAGUAUGAAAAAUCUGUUCUCCCUUGACUUGUUGCCAAAUCUCACAAACUUGGAAGUGAUUGAAGUUGAUGACUGUGACCAAAUGGAGGAGAUAAUAGCAAUUGAGGAUGAAGAAGAAGGCAUGAUGGUUGAAGAUAGCAGCAGCAGCAGCCACUACGCUGUUACCAGUCUCCCAAAUUUGAAGGUUUUGAAAUUAAGCAACUUACCGGAGCUAAAAAGCAUUUUCCACGGGGAAGUGAUUUGUGAUUCUCUACAAGAAAUUAUUGUGGUUAACUGCCCAAAUCUGAAGAGGAUAUCACUCUCUCAUCGCAACCAUGCUAAUGGCCAAACACCACUUCGAAAAAUCCAGGCAUAUCCAAAAGAAUGGUGGGAAUCAGUGGAGUGGGGCAAUUCCAACAGUAAGAAUGCCCUUGAACCCCUGUGUGUGUUUUGGGAGUCUUUAUUUUAGUAGUGGGAAAAGCAAGCAGGCAGGCAGGAAGUCCAAUAAAAUGCAUUGCCAAAAUGUUGCGAGUCUAGAGAGAUCGGAGGAUCCAUCCCCAUGAAUUAUCACAAGAAACCAUAGAAAUGAAAUUUGUGGAGAAGGUGCAAAUAAAAUUGGGAAGAGAUGCAGACGGCCUGGAAGAAAAUAAAGCAUCACAACAAAGACAAUCAGCCAAAUGUGAGGAGGGAACAGAGCCUCUGGAGAAUUUACGGUGUUAAAGGCAUCAAGAAUCAUUCUGGGAACUGAAAAAAAAAAUUGUUUUGGGUUUUUGUUGUAAAAUCUAAUAUUCCUUGGCAGUACUAUCUCAUCAUGUUAAAAAUCUUCCUGCAUCCUAUUGUAGGUUAUCCGUUGUUCUCUAUUUUUACUACCUUUCAAUUUUAUUUUUAUUUUUUACUUGCAAUGUGUAUGCAAGACUCUGUACCUGCUUUCAAAGAUAAACUGUAAUGUGAAGCGAUGCUGAGAAAUGUGUUCAUGUUCUUAUCAAUGAAUUUCAGCUGUUCAUGUA